UUUGUCCAUGCCUGCUCUGAUACUGAGCAGUCGCUACGUUCUAUCUUCAGUGACCUCGAUUUCUUUUGUGGGAGCGACAGCAAAAGAUUUUGAUGUUUACAGUCAUGUUGAGUCGACCUCAGUCUCACAUAUGCUUGUUAGAUUAUUUGAUUUGACCGAAAGAGUGUACGUUGGCAAGGUUUGCAAGUCUUUUAUCUACUCGCACAGAUACAACAUGGCAGACUCUUUGUAUCCCGAUUUCUCAAUGAAUACGACUGGAGAAAUUAUCUUUUACGAUGGAGAUAAAUUGAAGUCCAAAACCGCAAAUGUUCUUUCCCUCACAGCUUGCGGCACAGACGCUGACCUUUCAACACGUUUCAGCUUUAAUCCAGAAUUACAUAUCUGCAUAGAGAGAGAUUCGACGCCUGGUGCUCUAACUUUCAGUUCUGAUGAUCCUGCGAACUCUUCCUAUAAAAAUGACUUUAUGCUUGUGAUCAAUGGCCACGCUGUUGGAAUCAGGCGGAUUUAUUACUUCGACACAACUGAUUUCUCACUUUUGGCACCGGUGGUUUUCGCCAACAUUAUUAAAUUCAAGAGCAAAAUUCUGGAAGUAGCAGUUGUUGACCUACAAUAAAAUGAUGUUUUCAAAAACAAUAUAAAAUUGCAAGAGGUUGUAGAAAAAAAUAUUCUAAAUUAAUGAAACUCAUUAUGGGCAGAACAAAGCCUUAGUGAUUGACACAUCUAAAAUUUUGUUUUUGUUUUGUUUUUGACAGACAACAUGAAAAAUGUUUUUGCAAACGCACGGUUUUGUUUAUCAUUUAAUAAUUCUGAAAUGCAAUCAUGAAAAUAAAAAUUUGAGUUAAAAAAUUUUGUUUUUUAAAAAUUGUCAAAAUGACUUGAAUGAAUAAAAGCUUACAAAAAUAAUUCUUUA